AUGCCUGUUAAAAGAUCACUGAAAUUGGAUGAUCCAUUUGAAGCACAUUCAUUUGAGUCUUCAAGAAUCACAAGGAAGAGAAGUGCUACCAAUUAUUCUCCAUCAACUGGAACUUGUAGAUUGAGCCCAUAUGCUUCUCCCAUAAGCUCUAAAGAACAAGAGCACAAAAAUGGACCUACAAAUGGAAAGAGAAAAAUUUUGAAUCAUCUCAGUUUAACCCAGAGAAAUAAAUCUACGACUAAAGACGAGGAAUUAAUGGUGUUGCUAUCUAAAGUUGAGAAAUCAUCAGAGGAAAUCAUGGAAAUAACGCAAAGUUUAAGUAUUACACAGGCUUUGGAGGACAAUAGAAAGCUUCAAAAUCUCAUUGGUAUUUCUUAUGGACCAUGUUUCUUAAAAAGAGAAGUGAAGAAAAUGAAAGAACUAAUGACAAAAGUAAUAAACCAAAAACUGUUAGAAAAGAAGAGUUCAGAACUUUCUAAUAAAGAGUUAUAUCAUCUUAACAGCUAUGAAUUCCUGAAGGCCAUUUUAAACUGA